AUUAGCAGAUCACAUCGCAGGUGGAGAAAGAAGUUCAUCAGCAUCGAUGCUUCGCGCAGGCAGGAUGGAGGAGUUUGUCACGGAGGAAGAGGAGCCGUGGUACGACCACCGGGACCUGGAGCAAGACCUGCACUUGGCAGCGGAGCUGGGCAAGACUCUCCUGGAACGCAACAAGGAGCUGGAGGACUCCCUUCAGCAGAUGUACAUCAACAAUGAGGAGCAAGUGCAAGAGAUUGAGUACCUGUCCAAGCAGUUGGAAAUGUUGAGGGAGAUGAACGAGCAGCACGCCAAGGUGUACGAGCAGCUGGACGUGACCGCCAGAGAGCUGGAGAUCACCAACGAGAAACUGGUGCUGGAGAGCAAGGCCUCGCAGCAGAAAAUAGACAGGUUGACGGGCACCAUGGAGACUUUGCAGAGUCAGGUGGACAGUCUGACAUGUCGGGUGGAGGAGCUGCGAACUCUGGAAGAACUGAGGGUCCGCAGAGAGAAGAAGGAACGACGCAAGACUGUCCACUCCUUCCCCUGCCUCAAAGAGCUCUGCACUGCACCACGGUAUGAGGAUGGUUUCCUGUUGGCCAACCCGGGCAGCGUUGACCUGGCUGAGGCACGGCCCGUGGAUGAAGAGAAUGGGCGCCUGAGGGACAUCGUCUCAUCCCUGCGCUCAGCCAUGUCCACGGAGCGGUCCAAGAGGGAGAGCGCUGAGCGGGAGUGUGCUGCUGUGCUGCAGGAGUUUGAGCGCCUGGAACAGCUUCUCUUAGGGGCAGAAGGCUGCCAGUUGCGUGUUCAGGAGCUCGAGGCUGAGCUCCAGGAGAUGCAGCAGCUGAGGAAGUCCAGGAUGUGUCUGAUGGGGGACAUGGAAGACGGCCUAGAGACCCUGCUCAACAACGGCCCUGAGACGGACACCCCAGAGGUGAGCACUGGGCUGGAGGAGGGUGGUGAAGGAGGCGCUGGAGAGGCAGGGGGCACAGGACAGCAGGGAGGCCCAGUGAGGAAAAGCUGCAGCGACACAGCUCUGAAUGCAAUCUCAGCUCGCGACGCUUCAGGUAGACGACAGGGAAGUUACGCCCUCCAUGCCAACGGCGUGCGCAAACGGGGCAUGUCCAUCCUGAGGGAGGUGGACGAGCAGUACCACGCCCUGCUGGAGAAGUAUGAGGAGCUGCUGGGGAAGUGCCGGCGUCACGAGGAGAGCCUGUGCCACGCUGGGGUGCAGACCUCACGGCCCGUCUCCAGGGACCCCUCCAUGAAGGAGUACAGCAUGGCCUCCGCAGGGCCGUCAACAUCCGGGGCCAUUGCGACGCCUCCCACACCCCCUCAAACUCCCUCCACUCCUGAGGCCCUGGAGGGAAUCAGCAGGCAGGUGGAGCAGGUGGACAAACGGCUCAGCCAGAACACGCCAGAGUACAAGGCGCUGUUCAAAGAGAUCUUCUCCCGCCUGCAGAAGACCAAGAGUGACAUGAACGCCACCAAGAGCAGAAAGACUAACAAAUGAACUGGGGCUCAUUAAAAAAGCCACUGACACAACAUGCACUGGAAACGGUGAUUACAUAAAACCUAAUUUACCUUAAUUUACCUCACUGUUUCAAGAGCUUCUUGUUGAAGAUUUGCCUGCAAGUGACUAUA